GACGUUCCAUUCGCAGGGAGCAGGUGAAGCAGAACAACAUCAGGAGCAUCCUCUGGAUCCCAUCAACCUGCACCCAGCUCUGGCUUACCCUUCCCAUACCAGGCUUUUAGUAUGGCAUUAUUCUUCUGGACUGGAUGCCUUGCCAUAUGCCUACAGCUGGGGACAGCUCUGAACACUCUUCCCCAAUGCCUAGAGAAAGAUUAUCACUUUGAAUACACAGAAUGUGACAGCUCUGGAUCUCGAUGGCGAGUUGCUAUACUCAAUGAGGAUCACGCCUGUACUGGACUUCCAGAUCCGCUUAAAGGAAAAGAAUGCACGUUUUCUUGUGCUUCUGGAGAGUUCCUGGAGAUGAAGUCUCAGCUGUGCAGUAAGUGUGCAGCUGGUACCUACUCCCUAGGUACUGGAAUCAAGUUUGAUGAAUGGAGCAACAUGCCGCCUGGAUUCACUAAUGUGGCAACGUUUAUGGAAACUAAUAUAGAGUUCUCUGGAAGCAAACCUGAUAGCUGCAACAACUCAUCAUGGAUUCCUCGGGGAAACUACAUUGAGUCAAACCGAGAUGACUGCACAGUGUCCCUAAUCUAUGCUGUUCAUUUGAAGAAAGCUGGCUCCGUCUCAUUUGAGUAUCAGUAUCUUGAUAACAACAUCUUUUUCGAGUUCUUUAUUCAGAAUGACCAGUGUCAAGAAAUGAGUUCCUCAUCAGAAAAAUGGGUUACGUUAUCAGAGAACGGUGACUGGACACCUCAUACAGUACCACUAAAGUCUGGCACUAACAUUCUGUAUUGGAGAACAACUGGUAUCUUAAUGGGUUCAAAGGUGGUAAAGCCCGUCAUGAUAAAGAACAUUACUAUAGAAGGUGUUGCAUAUACAUCGGAGUGCUUUCCCUGCAAACCUGGCACAUACAGUGACGAACCUGGGUCCUCUAUCUGCAAGAUUUGCCCUAGAAAUACAUAUUCUGGCAGAGGAGCCAAAGAGUGCAUCAAGUGUGACCUAGAAAAACAGUAUUCAGAUGAAGGAUCUGACAGAUGCAAUGACCGCUUACCUUGCACGAGCAAGGAUUUCUUCCAAAUACACACGCCAUGCGAUAGUGAAGGAAAGACUCAGAUCAUGUAUAAAUGGAUAGAACCAAAGAUAUGCAAAGAGGAUCUUCCCAAGUCAAUGAAGCUUCCUCAGUCUGGGAAGAAAGAAGAAUGUCCUCCAUGUAACCCAGGAUUUUACAGUAAUGGGACUUUAGCCUGCUCACCUUGCCCUCCAGGAACUUUCUCUGAUGGAAUGCAGGAAUGCAAGAAGUGCCCUGCGGGUACGGAACCCGUCCUUGGCUAUGAAUAUAAAUGGUGGAAUAUCCUUCCUUCCAAUAUGAAGACGUCCUGCUUCAAUGUAGGAAAUUCCAAAUGCGAUGGAAUGAAUGGCUGGGAGGUUGCUGGAGAUCACGUCCAAAGUGGAGUAGGUGGUUCAGACAAUGAUUAUCUCAUUUUGAAUUUACACGUUCUAGGAUUUAAACCCCCAACAUCAGUGACUGGCGCUACUGGGGCGGAGCUGGGGCGAAUCACCUUUGUAUUUGAAUCUAUCUGUUCAACAGACUGCGUCCUGUACUUCAUGGUGGACGUUAAUAGGAAAACAACAAGUGUUGUGGAAUCAUGGGCUGGAAAACGAGAAAAGCAAUCUUACACCCACACUAUAUCCAAAAAUGCCACUUAUAUGUUCACCUGGGCUUUCCAGAGGACAACAAUAGAACAAGAUAGCCGUCGUUUUGUUAAUGACAUUGUUAAAAUUUACUCAAUAUCGGCAAACAACGCUUUGGAUGGAGUAGCAUCGAGUUGCCGUGCCUGUGUGAUGGGUCCUCAGCAGUUCGGGUCAUCCUGUGUCCCUUGUCCUGCCGGACACUUUAUUGAUAAAGAAAACAACAUCUGUAGGGAAUGUCCUACCAACACUUACCUGUCCCCACAUCAGGUGUAUGGCAGGGAGGCCUGUAUUCCUUGUGGCUCUGGGAGCCGAAGUAACAAGGAUCAUACUUACUGCUACAACGAUUGCUCCCUGUUGUAUACGCACGAAAACCAGACCUUUAGUUACAACUUCAACAACCUCAGCAGUGUACAAUCUGUUCUUAAUGGACCCAGUUUUACAUCUAAAGGGACAAAAUACUUUCAUCUUUUUAACAUCAGUUUAUGUGGAAAUGCGGGGGAGAAGAUGGCUGUGUGUACUGACAACAUCACUGACGUCACGGUGAAGGAUAUGGAGGCGGAAUCAGAAGAUUAUACAAAUUUUGUGAAGACCUUUGUCUGCCAGUCUACGAUCAUCCCGUCAGACAGUAAAGCUUUCAGAACGGCUUUAGCAUCACAGUCUGUCAGCCUCGCAGACACUUUCCUAGGUGCUACUGUAGAGACUUCCCUGAAUGGAAUAAGUGUUAAACCUGAUAUAUUUCCAUUGUUAAAGAAGAUUCCUGAUAUCAAUUUCUUUUACAAAUCGUCCUCAACUACGUCAUCUUGUGAAAGAGGGCGAGUGACCGUCCUAUCCAUGAGAUGUAAUCCAAAUAAACCAGGACAGGGGGAUAUUUCAGUGCCCAGGAUGUGUCCUGCAGGCACCUGUGAUGGAUGUAAUUUUUAUUUCCUUUGGGAGACUGCUGAAGCGUGUCCCCUCUGCACAGAGAGUGACUUUCAGGGGAUAGAAGGGGCUUGUAAGAACGGAAUUCAGGAAACACAUUAUGUGUGGAAUGAACCAAAAUUGUGCACGAGGGGUGUCUCUCUGCCUGAGAAAAGAGCGUCUGCCUGUGAAUCAAUUGACUUCUGGCUUAAGGUUGGAGCUGGGGUGGGAGCCUUUACUGCCGUCCUCUUGGUUGCUCUCACCUGUUACUUCUGGAAGAAAAACAAAAAGUUGGAGUACAAAUAUUCCAAACUAAUCAUGACUGCCAAUUCCAAAGAAUGUGAACUUCCUGCUGCAGACAGCUGUGCUAUAAUGGAAGGUGAAGAUAACGAGGAGGAUGUGGUAUAUUCCAAUAAACCAUCAUUACUGGAAAAGUUAAAAUCACUUGCAACAAAGGAAAGAGAACAUAACUUUGAGUCAGUUCAGCUGAAAUCCUCACGGUCACAACAUAUAUGAAAAACUGACUUUGCCUUCAGAGAAUUAAAAGAUUUUUUUUAGGAAUAAACUCAAAAGCAUAUCUAAAGAACAGUCCUGUUCAUGGUACCUGGGAAAAGCACUGAGGCAUCAAGAGGAAAAAAAUCAAGAAGCAUAAUCAGAAAUCAUGGCUGCCUUACUACUUUAUGUGAUUGAAUAUUUGCCAAAAAAAAUGGAAUGUUAGUUUGAUUUUCAAGCUCAACUCAGGAAGAGAAAACAGAUGUGGAAAGAUAGAUUUCCUGCGCAUGACCUGUUUAUCAUUUCUCUUAACAAUAACCACUUCUAGAAACAGUUGCCAAACUUCCAAAUGGUAAUCAUCAAGGAUCCAUGAACAACUGACCAUAUUAUGAUCUUUCUGUAUCUACCUCUGUGGAGAGGGAAGUUUUGCUUGUGAUGAAUACAGUGUCACAUAAGAUAAUGGGAUUUUUUUUUCUUAGGCAGAAGUGAAACGAGAUUUACAGCCUUUGCGGAAAAAAAAAUGUAAAAAAGAAAAAAAUGUAGUUCCGCUUUAGGGCUAGAUUACAAAUAGAUCGCUACCAUCACUCCCGCUUGCACAUUAACGCUGCUAGAAGUAAGCUUUUUUCGCACGUAGGGUAGCAUGCAUAUUACAAGUUGAAAGUAAAAAGCUUUCACACGAGCGCUAUCCUGACGCAUGCAAAAAGCCUAACUUGGAAUAUCGCAACCACAUUAACGUAUUCCCUGUAGACUUCAAUGGAGCGUGAAAAGUGAGAAAAAAACCUUAUUUGUGCGCAAACAUGAUCACAUUUUAUCAAGUGUGCUAACCCAACAUGAAAUAUUAAUAUUUCACAUUCCAAUGUUUACAUAGCAAAAUAUUUUCUAUGUAUUCUUAAAUACAUAUUUCUAUCUAUCUAUCUAUCUAUCUAUCUAUCUAUCUAUCUAUCUAUCUACUAUCUAUACUGUUUUUUUGGUAAUAUAUAUAUAUAAGUAUAGAUAUAUACAGAUAUAUGUAGGAAUAUCUAUUUGAAAUUACUUGGAACUUAUUCCCCUAUGUGAAGAACAUUGAAAUGUGAAACAUGAUCACAUUUUAUCAAGUGUGCUAACCCAACAUGAAAUAUUAAUAUUUCACAUUCCAAUGUUUACAUAGCAAAAUAUUUUCUAUGUAUUCUUAAAUACAUAUUUCUAUCUAUCUAUCUAUCUAUCUAUCUAUCUAUCUAUCUAUCUAUCUAUCUAUCUAUCUAUCUACUAUCUAUACUGUUUUUUUGGUAAUAUAUAUAUAUAUAAGUAUAGAUAUAUACAGAUAUAUGUAGGAAUAUCUAUUUGAAAUUACUUGGAACUUAUUCCCCUAUGUGAAGAACAUUGAAAUGUGAAAUAUUUACAGUAAAUACAUAGUUAACCACUUUAUUAAAUAUGAAUAUUGCAUAAAUAUGAUUUUUUACUUGACUAUAUAUAUAUAUAUAUAUAUAUAUAAAUAUUUUUUUUUGUUCUAGCGUAACAGUCAGAACUCUGAAAUCCCGAUAUCCCGAUGCACGUUAAAUUCAAUUGUGCUCAAGCAAACGCGUUUACUUUCACCUCAUAAUAUGCUACUUCUGAUGCACACAAAUAGCCAUGAUAAACCCCUUUUCUCUCACGUGCAACAGUUAGUGUGCCACUUGCAAUCUAGCCCAUAAUCGGUGAAAAAAAAAUUAAUAACAAAUUUUCACUUUUCCAAAUUAUUUUUUUUACUAUUUAAUAGAAAGUAUAAAAUCCACCCAAAAAUUGUUUGAAAAAGUUGUAUGUAAAAUCCCAUUUUUAUUUUGUAAAGUUAUGACAGGAAGAAUUAUGUUAUGUCAUAACUUUUAAAUAAAUAGAACAUUCAAUUAAUUUAUUCUGGAAGUUUAAACAAUGUUUCUAGGAAAUGUAUUUCUGCUGCCUAUUUAGGGAGCCAAAAGCUCUAGUUUUUAUUUAUUAAGACCAAAAAAAAAAUCACUUUAAGGAGUUGAUAUUAAUUUUGUUUUUAUAAGGCUUUUAAGUUGAAUUUAAAAACCUGAUAUACAACUCCUUGCAUCCAUCGUGACAUUUUCUUGUGAGUUUCUACCAUAAAUCACAAACUACAGUAACAUUUAAAGGGACAGAAACCUUAGUUUUAAAUAAUGUGCCAUAAUAUACACUUACACAAGUACUGAGUUUUUAUCAAUACUGAAGAAUUUGUUUAUUAAUAUAUUUUUAGUCUAAAGGAGAGCUCCAGAUCCUCAAUUGGGCAGUGAGCUGCAACUAUUUUUUUCUUAUUUAAAUAAAAGUGUGGUAUGGACUAAACAUUAGCCUACUGCUCAUGCUAGUCUGCCUCCCGGAAAUGCGCACUCCCUGAACUCAUCAGUGUAGGCACACCCUUAACUUAACAGUGUAGGCACGCCCUGAACUCACUAGUGUAGGCACACCCUGAACUCACUAGUGUAGGCACACCCUGAAGUCACCAGUGUAGGCACACCGUGAACUCACCAGUGUAGGCACACCCUGAACUCACCAGUGUAGGCACACCCUGAACUCACCAGCGUAGGCACACCCUGAACUCACCAGUGUAGGCACACCCUGAACUCACCAGUGUAGGCACACCCUGAACUCACCAGUGUAGGCACACCCUUAACUUAACAGUGUAGGCACGCCCUGAACUCACCAGUCUAGACACACCCUGAACUCACCAGUGUAGGCACACCCUGAACUGAACAGUGUAGGCACACCCUGAACUGAACAGUGUAGGCACACCCUGAACUUAACAGUGCAGGCACACCCUGAACUUAACAGUGCAGGCACACCCUGAACUUAACAGUGCAGGCACACCCUGAACUGAACAGUGCAGGCACACCCUGAACUGAACAGUGUAGGCACACCCUGAACUGAACAGUGCAGGCACACCCUGAACUGAACAGUGCAGGCACACCCUGAACUCAACAGUGUAGGCACACCGUGAACUCAACAGUGUAGGCACACCCUGAACUUAACAGUGUAGGCACACCGUGAACUCAACAGUGUAGGCACACCCUGAACUUAACAGUGUAGGCACACCGUGAACUCAACAGUGUAGGCACACCCUGAACUUAACAGUGCAGGCACACCCUGAACUGAACAGUGUAGGCACACCCUGAACUUAACAGUGCAGGCACACCCUGAACUUAACAGUGCAGGCACACUGUGAACUUAACAGUGUAGGCACACCGUGAACUUAACAGUGUAGGCACACCCUGAACUCAACAGUGUAGGCACACCCUGAACUUAACAGUGCAGGCACACCCUGAACUUAACAGUGCAGGCACACCCUGAACUGAACAGUGCAGGCACACCCUGAACUUAACAGUGCAGGCACAUACUGAACUUAACAGUGCAGGCACACCCUGAACUUAACAGUGCAGGCACACCCUGAACUCAACAGUGCAGGCACACCGUGAACUUAACAGUGUAGGCACACCGUGAACUUAACAGUGUAGGCACACCGUGAACUCAACAGUGUAGGCACACCGUGAACUCAACAGUGUAGGCACACCCUGAACUCAACAGUGUAGGCACACCGUGAACUCAACAGUGUAGGCACACCGUGAACUCAACAGUGUAGGCACACCGUGAACUCAACAGUGUAGGCACACCGUGAACUCAACAGUGUAGGCACACCCUGAACUUAACAGUGUAGGCACACCCUGAACUUAACAGUGCAGGCACACCCUGAACUUAACAGUGCAGGCACACCCUGAACUCAACAGUGCAGGCACACCCUGAACUCAACAGUGCAGGCACACCCUGAACUCAACAGUGCAGGCACACCCUGAACUCAACAGUGUAGGCACACCGUGAACUUAACAGUGUAGGCACACCGUGAACUUAACAGUGUAGGCACACCGUGAACUUAACAGUGUAGGCACACCGUGAACUCAACAGUGUAGGCACACCGUGAACUCAACAGUGUAGGCACACCGUGAACUCAACAGUGUAGGCACACCGUGAACUCAACAGUGUAGGCACACCGUGAACUGAACAGUGUAGGCACACCGUGAACUCAACAGUGUAGGCACACCGUGAACUCAACAGUGUAGGCACACCGUGAACUCAACAGUGUAGGCACACCCUGAACUUAACAGUGUAGGCACACCCUGAACUUAACAGUGCAGGCACACCCUGAACUUAACAGUGCAGGCACACCCUGAACUCAACAGUGCAGGCACACCCUGAACUCAACAGUGCAGGCACACCCUGAACUCAACAGUGCAGGCACACCCUGAACUCAACAGUGUAGGCACACCGUGAACUUAACAGUGUAGGCACACCGUGAACUUAACAGUGUAGGCACACCGUGAACUUAACAGUGUAGGCACACCGUGAACUCAACAGUGUAGGCACACCGUGAACUCAACAGUGUAGGCACACCGUGAACUCAACAGUGUAGGCACACCGUGAACUCAACAGUGUAGGCACACUGUGAACUCAACAGUGUAGGCACACCGUGAACUCAACAGUGUAGGCACACCGUGAACUCAACAGUGUAGGCACACCGUGAACUCAACAGUGUAGGCACACCGUGAACUCAACAGUGUAGGCACACCGUGAACUCAACAGUGUAGGCACACCCUGAACUUAACAGUGCAGGCACACCCUGAACUUAACAGUGUAGGCACACCCUGAACUUAACAGUGCAGGCACACCCUGAACUCAACAGUGUAGGCACACUGUGAACUUAACAGUGUAGGCACACCGUGAACUUAACAGUGUAGGCACACCGUGAACUUAACAGUGUAGGCACACCGUGAACUUAACAGUGUAGGCACACCGUGAACUUAACAGUGCAGGCACACCGUGAACUCAACAGUGCAGGCACACCCUGAACUUAACAGUGUAGGCGGUGCUCUUCUGUUUGGCUGUAUUGCAGCCCUCCCAACUGUCCCUAUUUGAGAGGUAGUCUCUGAUUCUGAGCUCUGUCAUGCUGUCCCUCUGAGAUGGCCAAAUGUCCCUAUUUGCAGAAUUUUCUUAGCCCCACUCAUGGAACGCCCAAACUACCCAGAAACACCCAAUGACCACCCUGACACACCCACAAUCCUGCUCACUAACCACCCAUAAUCCCACCCCUCCCAACACAGCUACACUCACCAAAUAGUAACGGGUCGCCUACAACCUCCUGAGUCCUUGAUACACAGCCAGAAAUGUUGGGAGGUAUUUUAUCGCUCUAGCAAUCAAAUAGGAAAACACAUGUUGGAGCAAUUAGAGCUUAAAGUACCAGCUUGGAUUAAAAAAAACAACAUAUUGUUAAACAAAUUAAUUCUCCAUUUGGGUAUAAAUGAAAAUUCAUUACUGGUGUAAGAAUAUAUUAUAGCACAUUUUUCAAAACUAAGGUUUACCCUCCCUUUAAAGUUAGAGAAAAAUAUACUUUACUGUACAAUUUAUUUUCUGAGAUUCCUUUGUUAUUGUUUUUUUGUUUCUUACUUUGUAAGUAUAUGUUUUAAACGGAUAAUACAGAUAUGUGAACAUGUGGAAAUUAAAAGACAAAUACUGUUUUA